GAAGCACGUGAAGCAUGGAAAUUUGUCGCAUUCAUUAGCCAAAGCCAUCCACUUCAACUCUUGUGUCUUCUCCUAGGGCCAGGGACAGUCAGAGAAAAAGCCCAGAUCCCAUCCAUCUACUACACAUACACAAUAUCACUACCAAUUUCUGCCACUCCAGAUCUCCUCUCCACUCAACCAUGUUUCUCUUUGAUUGGUUCUAUGGCAUCUUGGCCUCCCUCGGUUUAUGGCAGAAAGAAGCCAAGAUCUUGUUCCUUGGCCUCGAUAAUGCCGGUAAAACUACCUUGCUUCACAUGCUCAAAGACGAGAGAUUAGUUCAACAUCAACCGACGCAACAUCCCACCUCUGAAGAAUUGAGUAUAGGCAAAAUCAAGUUCAAAGCCUUCGAUUUAGGUGGUCAUCAGAUCGCUCGUAGAGUCUGGAAGGAUUAUUACGCCAAGGUUGAUGCGGUGGUGUAUCUAGUGGAUGCGUAUGAUAAGGAACGGUUUGCAGAGUCAAAGAAGGAAUUGGAUGCACUUCUUUCUGAUGAGAACCUGUCUGCUGUCCCAUUCCUGAUAUUGGGGAACAAGAUUGACAUACCAUAUGCUGCCUCAGAGGAUGAAUUGCGCUACCACCUUGGACUGACUGGUGUAACCACGGGCAAAGGGAAGGUGAAUCUCCAAGAUUCAAGUGUGCGUCCAUUGGAGGUAUUUAUGUGCAGCAUUGUUCGCAAAAUGGGUUAUGGUGAUGGAUUCAAAUGGGUCUCUCAAUACAUCAAGUAGGGGGGGUUGGGGGAAUGGAGAGAGAGAGAGAGACAUCAUAACCUCUUGAAGAAGAGAAAAACAAAAAAAAAAUAAAAAUAAAAGGUAAGGAAGAACAUUUGGAUCCCAAAAUUAGAUUUUGAUUCUUGAUUGUGUAAGUGGGAUUUUGUUUGAUGUGGUUGUGUGGAAGAAAGUACCCUCUCUGUUAUUUGUUGGUCUGUAAAAUUUAAAUUGUAGCGCGCUUAGACCAGUUUGAAAUUGAUUUAGUUUCGGUGCACUUUGCUAUUUUGUGGAUGA